AUGACGUCAAAUGAAACUGACUCUGAGAAUAUGUUUCUCUGCUAUCCACUCCUGCCGGACUCCUGUCCUAAAGUACAUCGUCUUACUGUCGUUAAAGUGGCAAUGUAUGUUUUCAUGGUGCUGAUGAUCCUCACAACAGUUUUUGGGAACCUGCUGAUCAUCAUCUCCAUCUCUCACUUCAAACAUCUAAAGUCUCCAACUCAUCUGAUCGUUCGCUCUCUGGCUGCCUGUGAUUGUCUGCUGGGAUCUUUGGUCAUGCCGUACAGCAUGGUGCGAUCUGUUGAAGGAUGCUGGUAUCUGGGAGAUUUUGUGUGUAAAUUGCAUUUUAGUUUAGACAUGACCUUCUGUAUCUCUUCCAUACUGCAUCUCAGUUUAGUAUCGAUUGACAGGUACUGGGCCAUUUGUGAUCCUUUAAGGUACAAAUUGAGGGUCACUAACAACAUUGUGACUGUAUUUACUACCUUUACAUGGCUGUUUUCAUUUGUGUACAGCUUUUAUGUUGUGUUUUCGGGGAUAAAUGCAGUUGGACUAGAGAUGCUUAUAUUGCAGAUCUCGUGUGUGGGAAGUUGUGUUCUGUUUUUUAACAAACAGUGGAGUCUUACAUGUUCAAUUCUCACAUUCUUCCUUCCCGGAACGAUCAUGAGUUCUCUUUAUAUGAAAAUCUUCCAUGUUGCAAGAAAGCAUGCAAAGGUUAUGUCAGAAAGAGUGACUGUGGUGACAGCAGGAGGGUUGAAGAGCCAAAGAUCUGCACAAAGAGAAGGAAAAGCAGCGAAAACUCUGGCCAUUGUCAUGGGUGUAUUUUAUGUCUGCUGGCUGCCUUUUUUUACUGUUACUGCUGUUGAUCCUUUUUACAAUUAUUUAACCCCAGUUGAUGUUUAUGAAGUUAUAAUUUGGUUUGCAUAUUUUAACUCCACUUGUAACCCCUUGAUUUAUGGAUUGUUCUACCCUUGUUUUCAGAAUGCAUUUAAGAUUCUUAUAUCCACUUAUGUCUGUGGCGUUAAUGAUUCAAACACCUUGACUUUAAAUGAAUAAGACACUCACAUUUAUUUCAGACAUUACAAUA